AUGUCGAAAAGAAAACAGGGCACAUGGGAGAGUUUUAAAGAUAAAAUUUCAAGAAAAAGGUCUGGGAAGAAAGCAGAGAGUGUACCUGGAACGACGGAGGUUCUUACAAUCCAACGCUUGUCGGCAGACGUUCAAGGAAAAUGUCAGAAAUAUGCACAUGCACGCGUCGGAACUUUAACAAUGGUUCCGUUUGGUCUGGAAUUCUCAAUGGAAAAUAUAAAGAAAGCAUGUACGGCGCAUUUUGAUGUUCCUAAAUACAUGCAGUGCGAUCUUUUAGCGGGAGAAAGGGGCCCUUCUUACAGUGAUGUGAGCCAAAUAAAGGAUUGGAAAGUCCUUCAUGUGAGGUUCAUCGAGCGGCUGCACAGCAAGGAGACUGUAAACAUUCACCAAGACUUUGAUUUAUCCGAGGCUCAUACAAACCAAGUGAUGCCGUCAUCAGCCAUGUUCAUGCAAGUGGUAGCUUCCCGCAAACCUGAAGGUUUGGUCAAGUCAAUGAUGCCUGCAUCAGUACCAUUAAGUGCUAUGAUAAACAUGGGCAAACUUAUCCUGCCAAAACCAAGUAAAGAUCUGGUAAGGGUGGAGGUGGAAGAGUUUUCGAUUGAAACCAAAAAGUGGCUUGACCCAUUUAAAGUGCAAUUAUCAGUAAGCAAAGAGAAAUUUGCAAGUGGUGGCUUCAGAGAUGUAUAUGAAUACACAGCAUUGUCUGGAUUGAAGGGAGAUUUGUGUUAA